GGCUGGUAUUCGGAGACGAGAUAAGACCAAUAACCACAAUCGAUAUUGAAAAGUGUCGAUAGCAAUACAGAAAUGGCUGACACCAGAUAUUCACUUCUGCUAGAGACGAAAUAGCAUCAGCACUAAAUAACACAAUAUACAAUUAUGAUUUGGAAUAAAGUAUGUUAUAAUUUUUUUUUUUUCAUAACUCUAGAAUUAGUGUCGAAAAUUCACCCGUCUUUGCACGGACACAAUAAUGCAUUUGUGCAAGCCAACAAUGAGGUCCAGUAUCUUUUGGACAACAUCCCUAUAUCCAUGCACAAGGGAUUCUCUAGUUCAGUUGAGGAGCAUCGGAAUUCGAUGUCAGAUGACAACACAGUCGAUGCAAUAUCAUACAUUCAGUUCAAACCAAGCAUACUGGACUUCAAAGAAAGACAGCUUGGUGUACCACAUCAAGAAACUGUGACAUUGUUCAAUAGAGAUUGUAAUAAAACAAUUCAUGUCUCAUCAAUUUCUGGGAAUACACAACACUUUCAUUCGUCUUUUUUCCAGGAUAAAGUAAUCCCACCCCUUGGCAAUACAACAUUCAAUGUUGUGUUCCUCGGUAGGGAAGAAGGUGAAAUCGAUAGCUAUCUGUUCAUUCAUACCUCAGACGGUACUCUAAAAUAUCAGGUCCGAGGAAUCAGCGUGAGCAGUCCAUAUCGAUUACGACCUGUAGUGGGGAUCAAGCUACCAUUAAAUGCCUCUUUCACACCUCUCAUAUAUAUGCAUAAUCCACAUCCCGAGCCCAUGCAGGUAGUUGAAGUCUACAGUAGCGGGGGUGAAUUCCAGCUCGAACUGCCAUCGGGACAAGCAGAAGGGCCCCGAGAAUUGUGGGAAAUACCUCCUUACCAAACCAAACCUGUUAUUAGAUUACACUUCAAUGCGUACACGGAGAAAAACCAUACAGCCUAUAUUAGGUUCAAGGUUAAUAAUAGUGCCGCAGUAUUGGUAGUCGCAGUUGAAGUUGAGGUGGGUAAUGGAGCCGGACUUCACUGGGGUGGAAGUUCUGGAGUUUUCAAUUUGGGAAUGGGAGGUUCGCUCCAGCCGCCAACUCACUAUCCCAUAGCUUUGAAAAAUUCUGCUAAGAAGCCUGUAAAAGUGUUGAAUAUAAUAAGCACGCCCGUGUCAAAGGCAUUGAGAAUUAAUUUUGAACCAGUUGUGGUCCCAGGUGACACAGAAGUACCAGUUACCGUUGGAACAUUGAUAUACGAUUGGAAAGUUGGAUUAGAUUUACAACAUUUCAAAGGAAAACUAGUUGUAAAAGGCAUCGGGCCUGGUGGCUUACCUCAAAAGCUGACGAUACCCUGGAUGGCGGAAGUCUUAAUUGGCGGUCUGGAAGUAAACACAUCUGUAACGCAUUACUGUGCCCCCUAUUCCACACAUCCUCGAAACUUUACUGUUGUGAACAAGUACAAAAUACCGCUAGCUAUAACCAAUGUGUCGCUAUCGCCAGAAGCAAAAACUCUCUUCUCGAUCAAAGAUUUUAUUCCAAAAGUACUGAGACCAAGGCAAAAGACUAGUAUAUUCUCAUUGCAAUUAUCCAAUGAGAAGAAGUCUGAUAAUUUGAAACUUGAAUCCUCUAUACUAAUUCACUCAAAUGUUUCUAUAACAGAAGUACCAUUGUUAAGUUAUGAUGGAAAAGUGAAAAAAAUUAUACCAGGAGAGAAAGAAAAUGAUAAAGGCACAAUGAACUUUGGCACUGUCGGUAGCGGGACAGAAAAUGAAGCUAUUUUCGCAUUGGAAAACCACAAUCCCAUUAAUGUAGAACUUCAUGGCUGGGGUGUGAACAUGCCUGGAGCUGUGUUGGAAUUAAUGGGAUGUCAAAAAGGACCAACUCAUCUGUUCAACAAAGGCGUACGCAACAUAAGCGUUUGCAGCCAAAUUGGAAAUCAAAGCAUAAAACCAGGAUAUUUAGCAGUAUUUAAAAUUAAAGUAAAAACUGCUGCCGUUGAGGAAGAUACAAUAGUAGGAGAAGUUUUUGUUAGAACAACCUAUGAACGCCUCACUGUACCUGUCUUCAUGCGUGUUGCUCAUGGGCGUAUUUUUGUAAAGAAACUCACGUUCACGGAUUGUUUUCCAGGAUCCGUUUGCAUCCACCAAGUGAAAGUGCACUCAACAUUUGCAAGGCCGAUGGAAGUUACGUCAGUUGCACCAUUCCACAAGGAUGACAGAUUAAAAUAUGUUCCACAGGAUGAGGCACCUUUGCCUGUUAUAUCUAAAGGCGAUAAUCACAUUGGAUCCAUCACAUUUGACUCAUCAAUUGCUUGCAAGCAUCAUUGCUACUUGGGAUUGUCUCUUAACGCAAGCGCUGGUGCUCAGUGGCUAAAUACCUUGAGCCUUCCAUCACAUACACGUGAUUCAGAUUUAAACUUAUUAAACACACGUUAUACACGUUAUCUAAACUCGACGGGUGGGGGAUCUUGGGAAAAUAUUACCAUGCGUUUGGACACUACAGAAGUAAGAGGUCACAGAUUUAGUGUAAAUAUAAAACAUUAUUGGCCAAGUCUUCUGGGUAACAUUGGUAUCUCAAAGAACAAGAGUUCUCUAACGUUUUCACUUACGCAAGUGGGCAACACCUCCUACAAAACGAUCAAAAUUGAUAAUCCUAGUUCUAGUCCGUUGCUUGUGCAGCUGGUGCUAGAUUGGAGUUACCCACAAGGGAUGCGACUCUAUCAUUCCUUACCUAACAAGUUUAAGCCGAUCUGUUUAGAAUGCCCGAUGACGAUUCCCAGCGAGUUUAAAUUGGAAGAUAAUUCUGAGGAGAGAGAACGAUUCGAAAAACAUUGGAAUGUCAUAGCACCAGCUCAAUCUCUGCCACUUUAUCUCGGUCCACGUGAAUCUAAAUCAAUACGUAUAUCCUACACUCCCUUGUCGGCCAGUUCGUCAUCAGCGCUUUUAUACAUCAGAAAUAAUAUGACGAUACUGGAAGUGUUGCGACUAGUUGGGCGUGGAGCACAUGCACAAUUCAAGUUUGGUAAUCGUAAGCCGGGAUCGAAUACACCACUUCUUUUUGAGCUUGCUGACAAGCACCUCAAGGACUGCGAGCGUGAAAGGUUGAGACAAAGCCCAAUACCCAACCUUACAGUGAAACGAUCUUUCACUGCAAGAAACACCGGUGAACUGCCAAUUGAUAUUCACGGAUUUUACAUCAGUGGGUUAUAUUGCGAAGGAUACGGAUUCAAAGUAUUAAACUGUGCGGCUUUCAAGUUGAAUCCAAAUGCAACAAAAAAAAUUGAAAUAGCUUUCACGCCUGACUUUACACUCUCACGUAUCGAAAGAGAGUUACUCAUAUUAACGAGUUUAGGAACAGACAGUGUCCAGGUAGAGGGUGUCAAUGAAAGUGGGCUGGCUAGGCUUUCUUUGUUAACUACUGUUCCUGCUCAUACUUUAGAAGCCUGUGCGGCUGUCAUAACUAGACCUUCUUGGGAGCAGCCUGUACAACUCGCUGCAAUUUGCCUUUCUACCAUAUUGCUAAUAUGUAUCCUUGCUAUUUCGUUUCUUGAAGCGGAUAGAAUUCUGCGUGGGGCAUUGGUUAAUCUAUCUAAAGGGGGUCCUAUACAGCCACCUCUGGAUCUUAGAUUAUUAGCAAAUGUUUCAAUCGCAUCCACACAGAGUAAUGCUCUUGGGAAAGAAAAGGUGACUAGCGAUGAGCGGAACAGACAAAGUAAAAAAGACGACGUCUCGCCAGACUGGUCAAUUAUGAACGUGAAGAAAACCAAGGAGAAAGAUACACAACGUGGAAUAAAAAUUCCAGACUGGACACCAGAUGAAGAACGACGAUUCAAAAUGGAUACUGAAUCAAAGGAAAUAUCGGCAGCCAAGAAAGUGGAAGAUCCAUCAGUUAUAGAAAAUGCCAAUAGUAAUAGCAAUAACACAGCUCCUCUGGGAACUAAGAAAAGGAAUAAUAAGAAACAAAAUAACAACCUAGAAACGGUGCUGGUAGAGACUCUGGCACCACUCUUGACGCCUAUACCGGACAGCCAGAUUAUACCAGAAAAAAAGAAUUCAGUCGGUGGUUUACUGAAAUCAAGUCCUACUACAACCAAAAAGGGCAAAUUGGCUCCGAAUACCAACACAGUUACACAUGCUACUGUUAAAGAAGAACUAAAGACAGUUGAAAACGAAGUGCAAGCAGAAAAUACAAUGCAAAUUUCGAUUAACAUUAGAGAAAGUAAAUCAGAGUUAAAAAAGAAGCAAGAAAUCAACAGUAGUGGCAGACAUGUUCAGGCUAACAAUCAUUAUAAAAAAUACGAGGCUUCGAAUAGCCAAAAAGUCAAUCAGUUUUCUGAAGAGGAGACGUCAUCUACUACGACAGAAAGUUCCGUUCACGAGGAUACAGUUCCGUAUAAGGAUUGCGAUCGUACAUAUGUUAAACCAGAGAAACUUCAAAGAAAACCUUUGGUCAAAAAAGGAAAACCACAAACCAUACCAGCUGGACCAUCUAUAGAUUAUAGAGAUAAUUACGAAGGAGAUUGUGAUGAUGAUGAUUACGAUAAAGAAAAACAGGACAAUCCAAAUCGGUGGAAGACUAGUACGACUCGUUCAAAUACAAAGCACCAUCAUCACCCUGCCCGAUGUAACACCGAGUCAUCCUUCAAACUAACUCGUCCAAGCAAAAAUACGCCGCGGAAAGAAAAAGCUACUCAGAAACGCCGUGGUACUGACAAGACUCAUCCAAAGUCGAAUUCAUUGAGAGCGACUUUAUCCCAAAGGGACGAGAGUAGACCUGUCCCACCUGCAAUCCCAUCUCCACUCCCACCACCACCAUCUUGCUGGGGUGAAAACAGAGCUAAAUUUAGCGAUGUUGUCGCUAGGAACCAAGACAGCAUUUCGAUCUUUGCCAAUGCUAAUAGUAUGACAAAAAUUUAUUCAAAGUCACUUGAAAUACCUACCCCCUGUAACCCACAGACUAAGAUAGCGAAUAAUAAUCCGACGCAAAUUGAGGAAGCACCUUGUAGCCCUGUUGAGCUCAAGAUAAAUCCUAAAUUUGGUGCUGCAGAUCGAUCGUGCAAAGGUGACAAAUCCCCUGAUCAAGAACUUUUAUCGAUGCAGCCAAACAGCUGCCAUUCUAACAGUUUCUUCAUGAACACAUUUACAGAGCCACCUUUUGAACCAGAAUUGGUGCCAUAUGAAUUACCAGAAACUGACGAACCUCUGGUCGAACUUGAAAGUCUCGAAGCAGGAUCAAGCUGUGGAUUAUGGGAUGAUGGCGGUGCAAUAACAAAUUCAAAGCCAGGAGAGAAAACCUCAAACUUGUCCGAUGCAUUGAAGGACAAUUGGGUUAUGGUAGAAACAAAUUGGGAACCACUUUACACACGAGGAGCAGUUGGUGAAGAGCGAAGUGGAGUUUGGGGCGUUAAUACAGGAGGUGUGUGGGCAGCUGCACCAUGGGGAGCUCCGACACCUCCAGCAAACACGCUGCAGCCCUCUACAACAUUGCAAGAAAUAAAACAGAAUAUUCCGGAUCGCUCUGGUUUUGAUCCAUUCCGAUCUCUCAGCACGAUUUGGACACCAUCGUCAACAGAUCCAUGGAAAUCAAAUCUUCAAAAGUAAAUGUUAAUGGUUACAUUUUGUUUCCAUAUUGUUUUCUAACAAGUUAUGCAUUCGUAAUGUUAAUCGUACCCGUAAAUCCACACUUUUUUAAAUAAGAUAUUUUCAGACAAAAUAGGCAAUUCUCAUAAUCUCCUUUCUUUUAAUUAUUCAUUUUAUUUUAUCAGUCGGCUUUCUAUUACCGUAUUCUUCCGAGUACAAGGCGACCUCGCAUAUAGUACUGAGACAGUAUUUCAGGAUGUUUUUCUUAGUUACCAACCGCAUAUAAGACGGGUCCGCGUAAAAACCCAGAACGAUUUGGCAAGUGCUGUCAAUGACAAAAAACUUCGGCUUAUAUUCGGAACAAUACGUUAUUUGUUACAACUGAUCAUCGAACAUAUGUAUAUUCAGAACGGUGGAGUGACAGAAAUUCAUUGCUGAUAAAUAAUGUGAAUUGUUGAUGUUUUUACAAAAGGGAAGCAUUCUUUUUAACAUUGUGGCAGAUCGGUUCAAAAUAUGAUUGCAAAAACGAUGUGAUUAUGACAUAAUUUCUUUAUUAGUUAGUUCGUUAAUAAAACAUUUACAAUGAAAAUGCUACAAACUGCUAUUGACGCUUUUAACAACUUAUCAAGUUGUGUAGUUUGUCAUUAGAGAACUCGAUAUAACUUAUACUGUUCACCUACAAUAUCACUACUAUACGAUAUGACAAUAUGUAACAAGGAUUCACCGUCAUUCGGAAAUCGUGGUCAAUUAUUUAAAAAGUAUCAUUGGUCAAUAUGUCCAAUAUUUUUUUUCCUGAUUGUUAUUUUGCAUGUAUAUGAAAACUAUUAAUUUUUUUUUUCUUUUAAAAUUGCUUUGCUAUUGUACUCUGAAAUACCGUGGUUAUGAUUAGAACAGCGCAAUCUUGAUUAUUGUUAGCGACCAUACAAUUUCAUUACUCAAUUGUUCAGGAUAGAUUUUAACAACAUAACUAUAAUUUACAAGAUGAGUAAGACCCACAGUAUCUAAAUGAUAAAAGUUCACAAAGCAUACCUACGUAAAUUCAAUUCAGUAGUGAUCAUUUUUAGUUUAUCAAGUCUAAAUCACCUAACAAUAAUCACCUAAUAACACCUGAAUAAUAUAUCUGUGAUAGAUGACUGCGUUAGCUGUAAAUACAUAUAUUAUUUGGACAUCCGAAUGUUAUUGUGUUACUUAGGUAAAUGUAUGUGUUGAAUUUUUUUUUCCCUUCAUAGUCACUAGCAUAUUAUCAUAGUUGUACAUAGUCUACCAGCGCAACAAACAAUAGUCAUAAACAGCCGUGUGAAUAUUUUGUUUCAAAUUCAUUUAGUUGCAAAGCGAAUAACUCAAUAGCCAGUUUGAUAUACGGAUAUGUAGCAUCAACAACAAAACUUUUUUCUUUUACCUUUAGCUCUUACCAUUACUGUAAAUGUUUUAUCUUGGCCAAAUAUGUAUUUACUUAACAAAUGCGCGUAUCACACAUAGGUCCUUUCUAUUGUAACAUUUUUGUAAGACUUUUCGUCUUUGUUUUUGAAUAAAAAGAAUCUACAAAGAUUCAGUUGUACUUUA